AAUCUAUAAAUUAUUCUCGAUUUCCAUUAGACACGCUGCAAUGGGGUCACAGACAAAAUAAGUUUCCGGAGAGAGAAACCAACCAGGGAAAGGAAACAAAAACAAAAUGUUGCUGGAGAAGCGCAGCAGGUUUCGUUCCAUCAGUGGGGAGAGAAAUAAAAAGUUAACGGUCUGAAGAAGGGUCACUGGACUCGAAAUGGACAGCAUGGAGUCCAAUUGCAAUGAAGACAGUGAGACCCCAUCACCAAACUUAAUGCCACGGCAUAAAGAACUUGUACCUACACCGUGCGGUCCAAUGAAACAAUGUUCGGAAUUAUCUUGUUUAGAGAAGUUAUUUGUUGCUGUAGCAAUUGUCUCUCUCAUUGCUGUGUCGGUAGUUACAAGCCAAAGUAUUGUAAUUCAGGUGAAAAACGACAGUAAAGAUCCAACCCAGGAAGACUUCACCAUCUCAGUGAUACAGCUCAUUGGAAUCGCAUUCUGUUUUUACUAUGUGCUGCAUGGGACUUUCCAGGAAAAUCGCCAGGAGCUAAUUGCAUUUGUCCUCUCCAUUUUAUUCGUUGUGAUCCGAUCCAUGGUGAACUUUGUUACAGCGACACCAGUGGAAAGAAACGAACUGAAGAUACGAUUCGGGUUCAUUCUGGUAUUUGGGGUGUUUCUGAUGGUGCUCAGUAUUAUCUACCUGAUUAAGAGUCCCAGCAUGAUGGCUUUCAGAGUCAGUGGAGCCUUUGAAAGUGCCCAGUCACAGUACUUCAUGGUGUUUUUCUGCUUUUCUAUGGUGACAUUUGAUCUUCAAGCUCAGCUGUGUCUCUGUGUACUUGUCUUGACCUCAGGAGCAAGUCAUGUUUCACUUGGGCAUUCUGUCAUCCUGGGAGUGGGCAUCUGCUGGGCCAUUAUUAAAGCAGUAGUUGGCCUCAUAGCUAUUCUAAAGGAAAAUAAGUAUCUAGUCUGGAUAUUUAUGAUCCAAAAUCUACCGGAACUGGCCUAUCUGGGAUAUUUACUGUACCUGGUUAUCACCGAAUGGGGAUUAAAUGGAACUUAUGUUCUAGAAGCUGGUGCAGUGACUGGUGCUACAUUUUCUGUUGCCAUCAAAGCUGUCCUCGGUUGGUCAAUGAUCAAGGUUUCCUGCUGUUUUGGACAGGGUCUACACGAAAGAAUGUUUAAUCGCACGGAACCAUUGCCCUAGGCCUGGGAUAUCUGCAAAGGUUCUUUAUCAAUGCUGUAACUACCUAAUGCCUUCACACUUUUUUGAGUGACAUUAUCGAAUCUUCCCUUGAAAAGAGAUGAAGAGUCUUCUAGACUUGAAACAUUAGCUUGUUGUCUGUCCAUGGAUGCUCUCUGACGCACUGUGAUCUCCAGCAUUUGUUGUUUUCAGUACAGAUUGCAGCAUCUGCAGUAAUUUGCUCCUACACGAGGACAAUCAAUUUGGAGCAAUGUGUUUAGCAAUAACGAACAUAUCUAUUUUUAUAUCAUAAAGUCUAUAUAAAGCGCUAAUUUCUGAAGCUGAAAAUUUGAGAACUGGUAUAUAGUUUGUUGGAAUAACUGAGUUAUUAUUGAAUAUAUACAUUUUGCAUCUUAUUUUGUUGAUAUAUUCCGAGCUUUGAUAUAGAUUGUACUGCACAUGUUGAACAGAACCAGGGUUAUCAAAUUCAAACACUGUGAUCACAUUUGGAGUUAUAAUCAGUUCAUUCCAGUUAGAAUUGGACAUGGUUCAAUUUGUCGAUUAUGAAAUUAAUUAACAGUGGAAUUAAUUAUUCUUUGUUAAUAAUUGAGCCAUGUUGUUAUAUGAUAGCAGGACAGGUCAAGGGGACAAAUGUCUCACACUUGCUGUAUUCGUUAUGUUCUUAUGUUGCAGCCCAACAGGCACAAUUGGAAAUGUACUCUAAGUAUUGUCUUUGGAACACCACACAUUUGUAUGAAAUGACUGUCAGUACUAAGUGGGUUAACAGUGAUACUAAAUUAUUGGACACUGUAAUAUUUAUUCGCUAAUAUUGCAAUGAAUAGGUUGGUAUUUCCUGUUGAAUUAUCAUUGAAUGAUUACAGUUUCAUUCAGAACCAUUACCGGCUGCCUGCACUCACUUGGCUCAAGGUGAAUGAGAGUGGAAACAGACUAUGGGACACUGGAUUUUCCAGGUGAAUGGGACGGGGAACAGAAACAGGAGGAUCCCAGAAAUGGGUGGGGUGUCAGUUACAGGACUCCAUGCUCAAUGCUGGACAUUUUGAUAGAAAUAGGUUCAAAACCUGACAAAACUGUCCCAUGAGACAAGUAGGCAACUCAACUCCUAAACAGCCUUAUUGAAAAUGAAUUUAGGAGGUUGACUGGGAUUCUUAGUGGCGCUGAGGGCAAAUUAACUACCUGAGACAGCAGGCCAAGAGUGUGCAACACUCCUGACAGGUCAAUAGAUCAUCCGCGCCUGCCUGGCUGGGAGUAGAGCUAAAAGCACGCCCCCAUGGAGAGGCUAUUGCUUUGGGUUCUUUAAAAAUUGCAUCACAGGUAGACAGGGUGGUUAAAAAGGUGCUUAGCACACUUGCCUUCAUUGCUCAGACAACUGAGUAUGGGAGUUGGACAUCAU